UCUCUCGGUCCGUCCAGAUCAGGUCCGUCAUCAUGGCUCUCCGGAUCGCAGCAUCUCUCUGUUUCCUCUGUUUCCUGCUGGGAGCAAACUGUUGGCACGACCUGGACAACACGGAGUACGACUGCUGGCCGAUCAAUAACCCCAAUGAUUACAACAUGAUCAGCUGUGGAGGGCUGGAGAUGGCCUGGGUGCAGCGUCCUCCAGACAAAGUCACCAAUGGGGAAGAGUUCAACGUCUCGUACACGGUGACGGCGUCCGACUCCUUCUACGAGUACGCAGUCAGAAACAGGAUCUUCCAGUUCAGCGACGCCUCAGAAGCGAAGAGAUUCUGUCACGAACACGAAUGUCCUUCACUCUGGAACAAUGCCAACGAGAUGAACUGCUGCGUUUAUCACGCCAACAUCCACUCCUGUCCUCUGGGACUAAUGAAAAAAGGUGGGAUCUGUGGUCCGUGGAUUCCUGAUGAUGGUAAAAUCGUGACUCACACAGUGUCCAAAGCCGGAAAGAUGAGUCAGAAGUACUGGACCUCAAAGGUUGUGUUGAUCCAUGUUGGUGUCACCUCAGUCAUUGCUCACAUUAAAAUCGGACAGAUGCACGCAGCGCUGGAGUCCAAAGUGCUGGUUGUCAGCGCUCAGGUUUGUGGAGACGAAGUGUGCGAGCUGGAGGAAAACUGCCUGAACUGUCCUGCAGACUGCGGCAUCUGUCCGAUGUCCAUCACCAUCAAGGUGGCCAUCGGUCUUCCAGUCACACUGUUCAGCAGCGGCUUCAUCCUCACCAUGGUGUGGCUACAGUACCAGAAACAGAAGAUGUUCUGGGAUGAAAGCUGGAUCAUCAACUACAAGAACAUAAUAUUUGGCAGAGUUUGCUACAUGGGCCUCGGCAGCGCCUCCAGUCUGCAGCGAGUCAAGAGCAGCUCCACCGUCAGUCGAACCACCGACGUGACGUUUUCACCGGAGUCAACAGCACCUUCAAACAAGGCUGCAUUCAGCCGGGGAUAUAAUGCAUAA